GAGCUUGGUUUGGAGGACCGACGGGUUCAGGGGGGUCCUUUCGUGCUGUGGCAGGAACAUGGAGAACGUGCAGGUGUUCGACUCCCCAGGAAAGGGUCGCGGCCUCCGGGCCGCCAAGGAGAUGUGGGCCGGAGACGUGGUGUUCUCAGAGCCGAGCUUUGCGGCCGUCGUCUUCGACAACAUGGCGGAGCACGUGUGUCACAGCUGCUUCAGGAGACAGCAGAAGCUGCAGCGCUGCGGUCAGUGUAAGUUUGCGCAGUACUGCGACCGCACCUGCCAGCGCGCCGGCUGGAAGGAGCACAAGCAGGAGUGCGGCGCCAUCAAGACCUACAGCAAAGCACCCAACGAGAACGUCCGCCUAGCGGCGAAGAUCCUGUGGCGUUUGGAGAAGGAGGGGGAGGUGGUGCUGGACACCCAGCUGGCCUCUCUGGCGGACCUGGAGGACCACGUGGCAGACAUGCCCGAGGACGACCUGAAGGAGCUCAAAGUGGACGUGCACAACUUCCUGGACUACUGGCCUCGCAACAGCAAGCCCUACAGGGUGGACGACAUCUCCCACAUCUUCGGAGUGAUAAACUGUAAUGGGUUCAUGGUGAGUGAUCAAAGAGGUCUCCAGGCGGUGGGUGUUGGUCUGUUUCCAAACCUGUGCCUGGUGAACCAUGACUGUUGGCCCAACUGCACUGUCAUCCUCAACCAUGGCAAGAUCGAGCUGCGCGCUCUGGGUCGGAUCGGUGAGGGUGAGGAGGUGAUGGUGGCGUACGUGGACUUCCUGAGCGUGUCGCGUGAGCGGCAGCAGCUGCUGCAGCAGCAGUACUUCUUCACCUGCACCUGCCAGCACUGCACGGAGCGCAUCAAAGACGACCUGAUGAUGGCCAGCCUGGACACCGAGGAGAACAAGCCGUCAGAGGAGCUGGUGAAGGAGGUGACGGAGUUCAGUCUGGAGACGAUUAAGAAGCUGGACCAGGCUCGCCUCGACUGCAAGUACCACGAGGUGGUGAAUCUGUGCAGGGAGUGCCUGAAGAGGCAGGAGCCGGUUCUGGCCAGCACUCACCUGUACCUGCUGCGCAUCCUGAGCACGCUCAGUGAGGUGCUCUCCUACCUGCAGUACUUUGAGGAGGCUGCUGGGUACGCCCGCAGGAUGGUGGAGGGGUACAUGAAGCUCUACCACCCGAAUAAUGCGCAGAUGGGCAUGGCUACCAUGCGGGCGGGGGUGACACACUGGCACGCCGGGCUGAUCGAGCUUGGGCACGGAAUGAUCUGCAAGGCCUACAGCAUCCUACUGAUCACACACGGCAACACCCAUCCCAUCACCAAGGACCUGGAGGCCAUGCGCAUGCAGACGGAGAUGGAGCUGAGGAUGUUCCAGCAGAACGAGUACGUGUACCACAGCAUGCGCGAGGCGGCGCUGAAGAACCAGCCCAUGAGCAUGAUGUCAGAGCCCAUGGCCGAGGGCGUGAAGAAGCUGUUCCGCAAGCAGUGACAUCACCGCCACCUCACCCCGAUUGGCUGACGGGCUUACCCGCGUACAGCUCUACCCCCCCCCCCCCCCCCCCAUCCGCUUCACCACAGGGGGGUGUUUCACAAAGCAGGAUUACCAAGGUGGCUGGAUAACUGCACUACGUAAAAACCCAGAACCCUCACAAAUCUGAAUCAUGGACUAAAGCAGUGGUCUCCAACCCUGGUCCUGGAGAGCUACAGGGUCUGCUGGUUUUUGUUGUGACUCUGCACUUAAUCAAUUAGAGCAGUUGACUACACAGUUUACUCACCUAACCUGGUUACCUGGGUCUCAAUAGGGUGCUGAUUUGAAGGUGAAAACAAAAAUCAGUACACCCAGUAGCUCUCCAGGACCAGGGUUGGAGACCACUGGACUAAAGUAAAAAGAGUAGUGCUGGAUUUUAUCCAGCUAGCAGAGUAAUCCCGCUUACUGAAAUAGGUCAUACUCUAACCCAGAGGUGUCAAACUCCAGUCCUGGAGGGUCGCAGUUUCUGCUGGUUUUUGGUGUGCGUUAGCACAAGAGAUUAAUUUCCAAGUCUUUCAUUGGCUAAAGAGUCCACCCACCUUGUUCUCAAGGCCUUAACUGGCUGCUGAUUGAAAGGAAACCACAAAUACCAGCGUACACUGCGGCCCUCCAGGACUGGAGUUUGACACCCCUGCUCUAAACCGUAACCUGCACUCACUCAGGGGGCUGACGUGCCCCACUCCCAUGGUACAAACCCACAACCUUGGUUCAGGAUCUGCAGACCCUGCUGGUUGUGGUCACCGUAAAUUUCAGACCCAAGAAAACAGGUAUGAACUGUAGCUCCUUGCACUGAUCCAUACCCCUAGGGGUCCAAUCUUAUCCAAAAUGGGUCACAUGUGGAUGGAGGCUUUUGUUUUAGCCCAACACAAUACCAAGUGAACUAAGCUUAGUCUUCAAUUGAAACGCAGAAUCGGGUGUCUUACUGCGGAGCUACAGCAAAAACCGGCACCCACACCAGCCCUUUCCAGGCAAAAUUGGACACUCCUGCUCUAGGUACUCAACCAUCCCAGUUGUAUUGUAUGCGCCUCAUUUUCUGCAGCACUUCAGAGCAGAUUGCACAUGUGUUUUUUUGGUCAGACAUAGCCCUUUUUGUACUCAUUCAACUUUAGAUUAGUGGUCAGGCCAAACUCAUACAAGCAAUUAGUUAAAAGAACAAAUUGGAGGUAGUUUGGAAGUUGUGUGUCAGAGUAGUAGCAUGUGGUCUGAGCCAUAUUACUGCAUGUGCACUGAAAUGAGCCUGAAUAAAGCUAUAACUUUCA